AUGCCUAUCGGAGUUUUCAUCCUUUCGAUGCUCUACACAGUGAAUGUGAUAGUAGACGCCCGUUUAUCCUGUGAUUUGGAAUGUGGCGAAUCUGCAACAUGUCAGUUCGUGAGAAGUACAUGUGAUUACCCUCCCUGCCCACGAGUUCCCGUGUGUGUAGGUGGAGAGACAGAGCUGGAGACCCGACGGCCAGGCCAUUGUCCAAUGCCUAGUGCGGCGGCACCGUGUGUGACGCAAUGUAGACGCGACAGCGACUGUCGGGGGGAGGAAAAGUGUUGUUUCAACGGCUGCGGACGCAUGUGUCGACAACCUUUCCAAAGUGUGUCCAGAAAGCCAGGAACUUGUCCGUGGCAUCUCCGGCGGGAAUUGUUGUGUGGAAUGGACUGUGGAUCAGACCAGGACUGCCCUGGAGUGGAAAAAUGCUGCGUGACUUCAUGUGGAAGUACGUGUUCGAAACCAUGUUACCAUUGGUUACGAGGAUCAGGAACUAGAUCCGGUUUUUGGAGUCUGCCUUAUAUUUGCCAGCGAUCGUGA